GAGCCGAGGGGCGGUGCCCGGGCCAAGGGGCGGAGGCAGGCGGCUCUGGUUUCACUCCCGGGACGCUCUUUCCUUCCUCCUCUUGCUCCUCCUCCUGCCUCUCUUCGCUCCGCCUGCAAACGCGGUGGGGGCUGCUCGGCCGCCAAGAGCAGCAAGAGACAGGACGACAUGAGAGAUUGGACCGUGGGCUGCACUGGAGAAUUUACCGGUAGGAGAAUUCAUCCCCAAAGAGAUUGAAGUGAGCUUCAGAAUGGCCAAAGAGGAGCUCCGGAGUAUCUCAAGGAACUUGCAAGAACUGCAGAAGAAGCUGUCUCUGCUGAUAGACUCCUUCCAGAAUAAUUCAAAGCUGCCCCAACACAGCAGGAUCUCACUGGACUCUGAUGGAGUGUCCAGGCUGGGCAGUGCCAGCUCCGAGGUGGUGGCCUUUAUGAAGUCUCCAGUGGGUCAGUACUUGGACAGGCAUCCAUUUCUCGCCUUCACCUUGCUUGUGUUCAUUGUCAUGUCAGCUGUUCCUGUUGGAUUCUUCCUGCUCAUCGUGAUACUUACGUCCCUGGCUGCUCUGCUGGGGGUCAUCAUACUGGAAGGAUUGGUCAUCGCUGUGGGUGGCCUAUCACUGCUCUGCAUCCUCUGUGGUUUGGGCUUCGUGUCACUCAUCAUGUCGGGGAUGAUGAUAGCAUCCUAUGUAGUGGUCUCCAGCCUCAUCAACUACUGGUUUUCUCCCAGACCACUGACACAGCAAAACACCAAUGGUGACUUUCUGCCAGCCAUGAAGUCUGCAGACUUCGAGGGGCUUUACCAGGAAUGAGUGGCUGCUCAGAGGCCGGGCUUCUUUUCAAGUACUGCUGGAUCAUACUCACCCCUUGGGAUUAUGGCUCAGAAGAAGGGGGCUGGGUAGCAAGCACUCCUUGGCUGUGUCCUCUCGCUUUUUCACUUAUUUGUAGGAUCCUGCAGCAGCCAAUUUAGGGAUUGUGUUGUUCUUGUGUUGGUUCCCAUGUAAAGAAGCAGCAGAGAAAUGCGAUGGUUCAACAGCUCACCCUGCCCCAAAUAUGCAGACUUGACCUUGGCAGGGUCCUGGGCUUCUAGACUGUAGCCCAUUGACCCCAAAGCCUCAGGGCUUAUGUCGAAUGGUCCCAUUGGGAGCAACAGUGGUUGUUUAUAGUUUUUUGUUUUCAGAAAUGAGGGCAGCUGUUAAUUUUUUCACUCAUGUGAAACAAGAUGGGAAAAAAAAAAAAAAUCCAAAACAGAACAAGCCCUUCUAUGGUAUUUGCUUUUUAUCAGAAAGAACAGCAACAUUUGGCCUCUCCAAGUUGGAAAAUAGAGUCCAAAUGUAAUGUUGUGGCCAAGAGUAUUUUCAAAAAAGUGUAAAGGUGUAGUUUCCACUGUUACUGUUGAGUACUGUUAAGUGCUGUUAAUCUUUUACAUAUUUGCACUUGGUACUUUUGUAUUGUUUUAAAGAGCUUGUCCUGUUAAGUCAUUUCUUUCUUUUUUUGUUUUUGUUUUUUUUUUUUUUUUUGAGACGGAGUUUCCCUCUUGUUGCCCAGGGUGCAGUGCAAUGGUGCAGUCUCGGCUCACUGCAACCUCCGACUCCCAGGUUCAAGCAAGUCUCCUGCCUCAGCCUCCCAAGUGGCACCAGCCACUGUGCCCGGCUAGUUUUUUGUGUGUUUUUUUUUUUUCCAGUACAGAUGGGGUUUCACCAUGUUGGUCAGGCUGGUCUCGAACUCCUGACCUCAGGUGAUCCACCCACCUUGGCCUCCCAAAGUGCUGGGAUUACAGGCGUGAGCCACCGUGCCCAACCUAAGCCAAUGCUAAAGGACUAGAAAGUAAAAAUAAAACUUCCUAUGGGAUUUCCUAGUG